AUGCUCACUCGCACCCCCUCAGAGACGUCGGAGCCGCUCCCAUACGACCUAUCCGACGUCUAUCGAACGUACAAGCGCGGCACCUCGAUCGUCAUCCGCUGGCUGCACACAUUCGAUACAGUAGGUACAACCAAUCUGCGCUGCGGCGCAAAGAAGGAAGAAGACUUACAGAAUGAUGAUAUAACAGUGCGCGAGAUAUUCGAUCGGGCUCGGAAAGCUGCAAGCAUGGGAAAGCGGCCGCCGGAGGACAUCCAGAUGGCUUUCAAGACGGUCAUCAUGAACCGCAGCACGCUGACCAAGUACUACGAGUCACUGCCGGUAUCAACGCAAGGAGUUCAGGAUUCAACGGACCGCCAUAAGAUAUUCAACGAGACGUUGGCUGAGGCAUAUGCCUUGCUCUUCCCCGCGCCGAAGAAGCGGAGGAGCAAGGGCUCCAAGGGUACUCCCAGGACGCCGCCCGAAAAACCCACUUUGGCGACAAAGAACAACUUCGAAACGUUGGCUGGACUAAUCGAAGCUGAGCAAGAUUCAUCCUAUUCCGCAUCCGAGUACUGGAAAGAAGACAUACCAUCGCCCAACACUAAACGCUCAGCUAUCGCAGAUGACCCAAUGGAGCUAGUCUUCGCGGUGCGCGCGUACUUGACGGAAUUUCAAGCCAUCGUGGAGACUACAAAAGCAAUCUGGACGUCCUAUGCAGCUGGGGAAAUGCCUCUGGCAGUUGCUGGCUGGUUGACAAAUUUCGCUCUUCAUUUCCUGGAAUUAGUGAGAAUCAAAGGUGCGAAGAUGUACAAUUACGAGGAGGGCUUGUUUCAUGACUUUGGAGAAUUUGGCCGCCCGCGAGCAGCGACAACCGCCGAGCAACUGGCAUCUGCAGACUUUAGCAGAACUGCCUCGGCCGCAAAUUUUGCUGAGUUAACACAUGGUUGUGGCUUGAUCUGGCCUACCCAACUCUUCAAAACGUUCGCCGAAACACACGAACUACCGCCGUCCUUUGAGAAAGAGCGGGGUCGCUUCGAAACCUUCUUUCGCAAUGCCUCUGAAGAGCAUGAGGCGAAGAAAACAUUCGCGCAGUCCGUAACAGACUUAGCAUCCCUCGAUGGAGAUCAACUUUCAGAUGCCGAGCGUGAGAUAAGAGCGUCGACCAUUUGUGCCGAUCGGUAUACACACGACAGGAGGCUGCUCGUAUCUAUGAUCAGGGGUAUUGCUCAACACCCAGCCUUUGAAACGCAUCAAACCAUGCCCUAUAUGGAUCAGAUACAUACGCACAGGCAGUUUCCCUUUAGAGCGCACAUGCCACAUCCUUUAAACCUCCCCAUGAUGGUUCGCGUCAAAGAGAAGACCUCGUGCUCCGCAACCGUAGCGACGGCGCAUAUGCUUCUUGAGAGUGGGCGUAGCUUUCUGCACGAGUAUGAGAAGAUGGGGAAGUCCCCACCGAACUGUCGAAUCGUCGUACUUAGCCGCGCGAACGAAGUAUUAAGCGCCAUGCAGCGACUAGUCCACAAGCCCCGUGGGACCAGAGUCGAAUACUACCGCACUUUUUUCGAUGUUAUGAUCAGUCUGGACAAGAAACUGAAGAUUAUUCUCUCGGAUAAAACGUUCGAUGUUUACUCCCAGUCUCCCUGGGUCACAGGAAGCUACAUGUCCGCCAUUUCAGACAUGACUCUCUACGUCGGCCUCGAGAUCCUUAACGAACAGAACAUCUUUGGCGCUGUAAUGCAUCUGUACAACAUGUUGCAGCAGAUCGAUGGUGGGUGCGAUCGGAUUCCAAUACUUGAAGAGCUCCGUAAUGCGUUCAAAUCGGUUGUUUUUGCGGGAGGUCAAGAGCCGACAAAAGACUUUGCGAACGUUUUCGAACUCUUUUGCGGCGCUAAGAUUUACAAGAAGUUGGGCAAUGCCCGAGCCAUGCUUACAGAAGCGCCAAGGGAAGAGCCUCGCACAGCCUUUUGCAAGGAUCAGAAGAUCAGCAUGUCGAAGAUGAAUCUUUCCGCGGCGAUCAGCUUCCAUAACUUCUACACACCCGACAUGGACUUUUGGAAGAAACUCAUAGACGACGACAAGUUCACUCGAAAGUUCCCAAAGCUCACAUCACACGAGGAGUUAUUCGCUAGGUUCUCCCCAUCCGAGCUCGUUCGUCGGGCUCGAGAGGUCCUCCGACCAGAAUAUGAGGGCUCCUUUCCGAUAGCGCGAUUGAACUGCUUUGCAGUCCUGGACCUUUGCACCGAGAUCCUGAUCGCAAUCGCGCGACGCUUCAAAGAAUUGGGAUCUACGGCAUGGCCGCCGGAGUACACCCGCAGUCCUGGAUUUAGCAAUGUGUCGGAAGUGCAGCGUAUCUGCAUCAAAUCGGCGAUAAGCUGUCUUCGACUUACCAUGACUGACGUCGUUGUAGAACAAGCGGGUUGCAAGAACAAACGGGAUAAUAGACUCCGCGAGAGGCCUCCAGUGGUUAUAAUGCGAGACUCAAUUAUGAAGGUGUGCGAGGGGAAGAAGGUCGAGGACUUCUUGUGGAAGAAUGCAUGA